CCGACUUUCUCUUCCACGACCUCUCCCUUCGCCGUGUGGCCUCACGGAGGCCUUAGAUGCACGAUAGGUCACAUCACAUGCAGUCUAACAGCCUUAUCAGUCGGUGGCAGGGCCAAUGCAUAGGAAUGUGCAUCCUCUUCCACUCGGUGUGGUUGCCAUAGGCUGCGAUUGGCCCAGGAACAGCAACAUCACCACCACCCUCACCAAAGCGGCACAGGUAGGCAGUAACUGCGGUCGUGGACUAGACCAAAUUCAGACACCGACUUCCCGCUCGUGGUUGGAGUGCGAAUCCUCCACCCCCUCCACCAUUUUCUAGACAUGAACGGGCAGCAUGAGUCCACAAGGCGGAGCCGCAACUGGUGUAGCAGAAAUAAGGGCGGGUCCCAAGUUGCGAUGGAGC